CUCUUGAAGCGAGUUUCUGGUUUCUUCAACCCUGGAGAGAUGUCAGCCCUGAUGGGCCCAUCUGGCAGUGGCAAGACCACCUUGCUGGAUGUUUUGGCUGGGCGGAAGACGACUGGGAAAACUGAGGGCACGGUGCUGUUUGGGGGCGUCAAGCCCACAUCCGGGUUCCUGAGGAGGUACACUGGCUACGUCGAGCAGUUUGACACGCUGGUGGACGUGCUGACAGUGGAGGAGAUGCUGCUGUACACUGCGCAGCUCAAGCGGCCGCUGAAGGAAAGCACCUGCUCCAAACGCGCUGCAGUGGACGCACUCAUAAGAGAUCUGGGCUUGGAAGGCUGCCGCAACACUCGCAUUGGGAAUGCCAUGCACCGCGGCAUCUCUGGGGGCCAGGCGCGCUUUUUGCACAUGCCACACAGGGGUAUUUGCUGUGCAAAGCGCACCAAUAUUGGCAUCGCCAUGAUCACCAACCCCCGGGUACUGUUCCUGGACGAGCCCACCUCUGGCCUGGACUCCUACACAUCCAACGAGGUGAUGACGGUUGUGAAGCAGCUGGUGAAGUCCGGCAUCACAAUCUGUGCCACCAUCCACUCACCCACCCCUUACGCGUUCCGGUUAUUCGACCGCAUGAUGCUGCUGCUGCGGGGGCGGGUGGUGUACUUUGGGGCAAGGGGCGAGGAGGCCACAAACUACUUCAAGGCUGUGCCGCUGCCAGAGGGGCAGAUGAUGACGUCCCUGGGAGAAGGCUCCAAUGAGGCAGAGUGGAUUGUGGACAUCACCACUCAGGCUGACCGCCAGGAGAGGAGGGAAGCAUGCAUAUUGCCCCGCAGAGCCCCAGCCUGCGCACAUGGGCAUCUUGUGCCAGAAUGCACCGCGCAUCUCAUGAUUGACCAUGGGGUUGUGUUCUGUGUGCAGUUCCGCACCCUGAAGAACUACAAGGAUGGGGCGUUCCUGGGCCCGCGCAUUGGCGACAAGCUCAUCUUCUCCCUGCUUAUUUUCAGGCAAGUACCCUUCACAUUGCCUGGCGUGUACAUUUCCACCUACAACAUCAUCAACAUUGCGGCAGUGCUGUUCAUGUGGAGCACGCUGCCAGCCUUUGGGGCGGCCGCCUAUGUCCCCUCCAUUGUGCUUGAGCGACCCCUUUUCACCAGGCAAGCCCUUCUGCAGCUCUGCCUCUCCGCACCUACUGCAGGGAACUUCUCACGGAAUGAUGGUCUCUACAGGGUGAUCACGUACCUCGUGUCCAAGAUGCUGGAGGAGCUGAUGCUGGCGUUCCUGGCGUCCCUGGUGUUCUCCUGCAUUGUGUUCUAUGGAGUCAAGCUGCAAGGCGAGUGGGUGCUCUUUUGGCUCGUCUACCUCGUCACCCUCUCCUGCGGCAUUGUGCUGGCGUACACUGUGGCGGCCUGUGCUCCCAACAUGGAUGUCGCCAAUGCGGCGCUGCCGGCGUAUGUGGUGACGCUGCUCUUUUUCAGCGGCUUCCUGAUCCGCUCCAGCAGCAUGCCCCGCUACUGGUUCUGGUACCAGUACAUCAACUUCAUCCGCUACGCGUGGCACGCGCAGAUGAGCAACCAGUUUGACGCGCACGCGGACGUGCUGCUCAAUGGAAAGCCGGUCCUGGAGUUCUACGAUGUCACGGACAGCAAGUGGGCCAACCUGGGCUUC